GGCGCGUUUCUCCCCGCCGGAGUCGCGCCAAAGUGGGCGGAGAGUCUCUCGGCUCUGCUAGCUCGCCUCCCUCUGCCUGCCUCCUUCCCUCCCUCCCUGGUCUGGGCGGCGGCGGCGGUGCCUGGGGGCUGGUGGGUGGCGCGGCGCAGCGCAGAGCAGCGCAGCUGCGGGCGCCGAGGCAGGAGGAGCCGACUCAUUGUUCCGGCCGCCGCAGCCGCCGCGCCCCUGCCCGCCUCUCUCUCCCUGUCUUUCUCUCUUUCUGUGUCUCUCGAUCACUCCUCAUCUCCGCUCCUCUCGGCGUUUCCCCGGAUCCCGGGUGGAGAGCCCUCCCCGCCCCGCUUCCUCCCCUCCCGGUCCCUAACCCAGCAGCAGCAGCAUCCUUCCGAGCCCGGCCAUGGAAGACCUGGACCAGUCGCCCCUGGUCUCGUCCUCCUCGGGCGCCGCCGCGGGCCCGGCCCGGCCUCAGCCUGAGUUCAAGUACCAGUUCGUGAGGGAGCCCGAGGACGAGGAGGAGGAAGAGGAGGAAGAGGAAGAAGAGGAUGAGGACGAGGACCUGGAGGAGCUAGAGGUGCUGGAGAGGAAGCCGGCCGCCGGCAUGACUGCUACGCCGCUGCCGGCCAACGCCGCAGCCGACGCGCCCCUCCUGGAUUUCGAGAAGGAGUCGGUGCCGCCGGCCCCCCGCGGGCCCCUGCCCGCGGUGCCCCCCGCAGCCGCGGAGCGGCAGCCCCGCUGGGAGCCCAGCCCGGUGUCCUCGUCCUCGCCCUCCCCGCCGCCCUCCGCGGCCGCUGCCGCAACCCCGGACGAAGACGAGCCCCCAUCCCGUCCCCCUCCCCCGCCUCCAACGGCCGGCGUGGGCCCCCACACAGAUCCUGCGCCCCCCGCCUGGACCCCGAGCACCCCGGCUCCGGCCGCGCCCCCCUCUACCCCGGCCGCACCCAAGCGCAGAGGAUCGUCGGGCUCUGCUGAUGAGACCCUUUUUGCUCUUCCUGCUUCAUCUGAGCCUGUGAUGCACUCCUCUGCAGAAAAAGUUAAGAACUUGAAGGAGCAGCCAGGUAACACUAUAUCGGCUGGUCAAGAGGAUCUUACAUCUGUACUUCUUGAAACUGCUGCUUCUCUUCCUUCUCUGUCUCCUCUCUCAGCUGCUCCUUUUAAAGAACAUGAAUCUUUUGGUAACUUUCCAGCUGUAUUAUCCACAGAAGAAACAGACAAAACCACAAAUGAAGUUUCUAAAGAAUCCACAGAGAAAGAAAAAAAUACAUUUAUAGAUAGAGACUUAAGAGGGUUUUCAGAGUUAAAAUAUUCAGAAAUGGGAUCUUCAUUUGAGGGGAUGCAAAAAGCAGAAUUAACCUUCAAAGAAAUUGCUCCAGAAGAAAUAUUAAUGAGGAAACAAGAUAAACAAGAGAAUUUAGUCAGUGAGACCCUCAGCCAGUGCCAACAACAGUUGCCAAUAGCUCUCAUUAAAUCAGAAGAAAAGGACAAAGUUACAUUUUCUGAAAAAACAAAAUAUGAUAAGGACAGCAUUAGUGAAAGGGAAAUCACAGUACCUUUCAAAGAAGAUGCUCCUCUAAGGGAAGAAUAUGUAGACUUCAAACCAUUUGAGCAAGUGUGGAAAGCAAAAGAUACUUACAGUGAAGAGAGUAAGAUAGAAGGUGUUCGAGGUGAUUUAGAUAGCAAGUUGGAGAGUAUUGUGGAUGAGAAAUAUGUUGCAGAUAGCCUUAGGAAAAAGAAUCAUGACAAAGACAGUGAAAGCAGUAAUGAAGAUACUUCUUUUCCCAGUACACCAGAAGCUAUAAAAGAUGUUUCACAAGCAUAUGCUUCUUUUGAACCUGAUGCAGUAACUGAAACUCAUACAAAAAAAGAUUUCCCUGUCUUAGAAGAUCAAACUUCUGAAAAUAAGACAGAUGAAAAAAAAAUUGCAGAAAAGCAAGCCCAAAUUGUGACAGAAAACAAUAGUAGUAUCAAAGCAACAAACCCUUUUAUUGUGUCAGCACAGGAUCGUGACAGAGACUAUGUCUCAACAGAUAGUUUAUCAAAGAUACCUGUAGAAGUUGGAGCAAGCAUGCCAGAAGGUCUUACUCCAGAUUUAGUGCAAGAAGCAUAUGAAAGCAAAAUUAGUGAUGCUACUUCUACAAAACUGGCUUAUGAAACAAAAAUGGAUUUGGUUCAGACAUCUGAAUCUUUACAGGAGUCUCUACAUUCUGCAGCCCAGCUUUGCCCUUCAUUUGAAGAAUCUGAAGCUACUCCUUCACCGGUUUUGCCUGACAUUGUUAUGGAAGCCCCACUAAAUUCUGUAACUCCUGGUGCUGGUGCUUCGGCUGUGCAGCUCAGUUCAUCACCAUUAGAGGCUUUUACACCUGUUAAUUACGAAAGUCUAAAACUUGAGUCGGAAAACCCCCCACCAUAUGAAGAUACCAUGAAAACGCCCUCAAAAGAGGUACCGGAAAUAAAAGAAGAAAAGAAGGCACCUGAAUGUAUUAGUCCAAUUGUUGAAGAAACAGAAGCAUCUUAUAUUUCUAUUGCAUGUGAUUUAAUUAAAGAAACAAAACUUUCCACCGAAACUGCUUCCCCAGACUUUACUGAUUAUUCAGAGAUGGCAGUAAAAGAGAAUGUUUCACAGCCUAUGCCUGACCUCUCUGAUUUGGUGGAAGACUCUUCACCUGAAUCUGAACCAGUUGAUUUAUUCAGUGAUGACUCAAUACCAGAAGUUCCUCAAAAGGAAGAUGAAGCUGUGCUGCUUGAAAGAGAAAAUUUAAUUGAAACUUCACUGUCAUCAGUAAUAGAGCACGAAAGUAAGGAAAAGCUCAAUGCAUCACCUGCUACCAUGGGAAAGCCAUAUUUGGAAUCUUUUCAGCCAAUUCUGGACACCUCAAAAGCGGCCACUGCUCUGUCAUCUGAAGUUACUUUCACAGUCGUGAACAAGGAGAAAAUUCCUUUACAGAUGGAGGAACUGAAUACUGCAGUUUAUUCAGAUGAAGACUUAUUUGUUUCUAAGGAACCAAAAAUAAGAGAAGCUGAACUCUUUGCUGAUUCUUCUCCAAUUCAGAUCGUAGAAGAUUUCUCUGUAACAGUCAGCUCGAAAACUGUUCCUCCUGCUAAAUUGGCUAGAGAAUUCGCUAAUAUAGAAGUAUCACUGAAGGGUGAACAUGGUAAUGUCCAAGAAAUAGUGAGCUCAUCACUUUGCUCAGAAUUGCCCCAUGACCUUUCUCUCAAGAACGUACCCACUAAAGUUGAAGAAAACAUUGAUGUUUUACACAAAGCUCCAGAUGGAGUCUCCCAAGACAUUCCAGCUGUGUCCAAGGGACUGUCGUUGCCUGCAGAUGUUUCUGCUUUGCCAAGUAAUGCAGAGAUAGUCAGUAUAGUAAAGCCCAAGGUUAUCUUGAAAGAAGCCGAGGAAAAAAAGCCUUUUGUUACAGAAAAAGAGAAGAGAUCACCAUCUGCUUUAUUCUCAGCAGAGCUGAGUAAGGCUUCAGUUGUUGACCUUCUUUAUUGGCGAGACAUUAAGAAGACAGGAGUGGUAUUUGGUGCCAGCUUGUUCCUGCUACUUUCGUUGACAGUAUUCAGCAUUGUGAGUGUGAUAGCAUACAUUGCCUUGGCCCUGCUAUCUGUGACUAUCAGCUUCAGGGUAUACAAGGGAGUGAUCCAGGCAAUCCAGAAAUCUGAUGAAGGUCACCCAUUCAGGGCCUACUUGGAUUCUGAAGUUGCAGUAUCUGAGGCGUUGGUUCAGAAGUACAGCAAUUCUGCUCUUGGUCAUGUCAACUGCGCAAUCAAACAACUCAGGCGCCUCUUCUUAGUUGAUGAUUUAGUUGAUUCUUUGAAGUUUGCAGUAUUGAUGUGGAUCUUCACCUAUGUCGGUGCCUUGUUCAAUGGCCUGACACUACUGAUACUGGCUCUGAUUUCAGUCUUCAGUGUUCCUGUUAUUUAUGAAAGGCAUCAGACCCAGAUUGAUCAUUAUUUAGGACUUGUGAAUAAGAAUGUUAAAGAUGCUAUGGCUAAAAUCCAAGCAAAAAUCCCUGGAUUGAAAUCCAAAGCUGAGUAAAAUCAGCAGUAAACACCACUAGGAAUUCAUCAUUCGGGGGAAAUUUUCAUUUGGAUUCCAUGGGGAGGGUCGGGGGAGAAUGGAGCCUUGACAUUGCAGAGCAGUCUCACAGAUCUUUAUUUUUUAGCAACGCAGUGUUUGAGGAAAAAUACUUGUUUUGACUGCCAUGUGUUUUGUCAUCUUAAAUAUCGUAAGCUGCUAUGUCUGGACUUCAGCUGUAAUCAUAUUUGUUUAUCCUUUGUGAGGCACUGGCUCUCACACAACGAUCUGAGGAAGCUGUACAUUGUGCUUCAUUGGAGGUAGUCUUGCUGUGUUUUAAGAAGGUGUAUAGCAGGUGGAACUGAUGGGGAAACCCUGUCACAGUUUGUGCCCUGUGUAUGGUCUGUGUAGAAUGAUGCAGAUUUUCUAAAAUGAAAUGUUUAGAAGAGAUCAUACCACUAAAGCAAGGAGAAAGCUUGCCUUCUUGGUAUGAGUCUAGCUGUAUUGUGAUUUUACUGUUUUAUUAAUUGCCAAUAUAUAUAAAUAUAUAUAGUGUUUCACCAAGCUUAGACCUUUCAGCUGCCCCACAGUGCUUGAUAUUUCAGAAUUGAUGGUUUUAUGAGUAGCUCUAAAUCACAUAAGCUAGAAAAAUAAACUAUAUUUCUAGGAACACUACCAUCCAUUUUCAACAUAAAACACAACUCCAUGCCCAUAGAAAGUCCACAACAUACACUUCAUUGCUCAGACCUCCUAUAGUUAAUUUCAUCACACACUUGGGAUCUAUGGACUGAAUCUAAUGCUGAAAAAAAAAUGUUGUUUGGAAAUAUCAAACAUUGUUAUGCAAGAAAUUACAAAUUAAGAUUUAUUCAAUUGCGGUUUAAGCUGUACCUGAACUAAGUCUGUGGAAUGCAUUGUGAAAUGUAAAACCAACCAAGUAUCAAUAAAGCUUAGAGACUUAAAAUA